AUGGGUGGAUAUAACCUUGGGAGGGUGAAAGAAAUCCUCUUAAAACAAGUCGCUGCAAACAAUUGGAACUUGACGCUUCGCAAAUUAUGCGGUCUUUCUGCCGAAAACCUCCUCAAUGUACUUUCUCAGUGUACAGGGCUUACCACCCUCCAACUCCAUUGUCCAAGUUAUCCAUACGGCCAUGGAUCAACAGGAGUGCGCAACUUGGGUUGCAAUCUCAAUAAAUUGUUUUCUGAACUCGGACAGCUUCAACAUCUGAAGAUUCGAGGUGCUCCGGACACAGAAACAGCCAUAGAGUGCUUCAUUGAACCAAUCAGACACCUUCCACUCCUCGAAUCACUCGAGCUCGCGUUCAUUAGGCAUUCAGACCUCGCAAGGCCUAAGUUCUCUGUCAUUCUUUCGAAUCUGAUGAACCUCAAAAAACUUGUCUUUUACAAAGUUACGCUCAAGGAAUGGGAAUGGGGCCGUCAAGGUCCUCUUCAUUUAGUCGAUCUGUCGAUCAUCAACUGUGACAUGUUCUCGCUAUCGGAUGCGCCUACUUUAAUCAGUAAUUGGGCGCCUCAUCUAACUCAUUUGGAGCUCAGGAUUCGAGAAUGCGAUGAAUAUCAAGAUAACCUGGCUGACUUUGAUCCAAAUCAAAUACAAUUUUGCCUUCCCGCUUUGAGGCAUCUGAAACUUUGGCCUCUUUCCGAAUGUUGCUAUAUCCCCUGUUUUAUCAAUUGUAAAAAUUUACAACAUCUUACAUACUUUCAUCAUUGGCCUUACCACGGUGAUCUCCUGGAUACUCUGUUAGAAUUUUCAGACUUCAUUACUACGAAUGUAUUCCAUAAACUCAAGGCAAUAGUUGUGUCUACAGUCAAAGUCACUGGACCUACUGCUAUGGCUUCUACACUGUCUCCAUUGGCAUCGUUCUGCAAGUCACAAGGAAUUGAAUUCAAUAUCGACCAAGACUACGUCGACGCAGAGUAUACAAUGGUCUUCGAGUCAUAA